AUGGAUAGGAGUCCAUGGACGUUUAAAAAUGCUCCUCUCAUCUUUGAACGGUUGAAACCAGGGGAUGUUUCUCGGGAGGUUCCUUUGCAUCAUCUCAAUAUAUGGGUGCAACUACAUGAUAUUAGGUCGGUCUUCAAAACGAAACAAGUUGUACGGGAUGCUGGAAAUUAUAUUGGUAGCUUUAUUAAGUUUGAUAAGAAUAAUUUUAAUGGUGUUUGGAGAGAUUAUUUGCGGGUUCGGGUUCGUUUAAACAUUGAAAAACCAUUGAAGCGCAGAAUGAAGUUGCAACAGAUUGGUGGCGACUGGUUUUGGAUUAAUUUUCAGUAUGAAUUUAUGUCGACUUUCUGCUUUAUCUAUGGGGUGAUUGGGCAUACGGAUAAGUUUUGUUCUCGAUUGUUUAUUCAACCAACCUUAACAAUCGUUAAGCCUUAUGGCAUGUUCAUGAAAAUAAUGCCACGACAAACUCAGUAUGCGAUGGGAGCUAAAUGGCUCUAG